GCCGAGGCACGCGGUGCCGCCCGCGCCAUGUCGCUGCGCCGCGCUCUGGCGCUGGCCGCCUGCGGGCUGGCCGGCGGCUCCGUCCUCUUCUCUGCCGUGGCCGUCGGCAAGCAGCCGGCCCGCGGCAGCGAUGCCGAGCAACGGCCGGGGGGCUCCGCCGCCGCCGCUCCACCAGCUUCUGCCGCGCCGCCCGGCUUGCUGCUGCUGCCGCCCGCCGCCGCCGCCUCUUGCCCGCCGGCCUCUGGCUGGAUAGAGAGACCCGCCGGUACCGGCGGCUACUGGGACAACAACUGGGACAGGCGUGAACCACUGUCUCUUAUCAACCUCAAGAAGAAAAACGAAGAAACUGGAGAAGAAGAACUUGCCUCACGCUUGGGUCACUGCAAAGCGAAAGCCACCAGGCACAUAUUCCUCAUCCGGCACUCGCAGUAUAAUUUGGAUGGCCGAGCUGACAAGGACAGAACUCUGACCCCACUUGGCCGAGAGCAGGCUGAACUGACUGGACACAGGCUGGCAAGUUUGGGAUUGAAAUUCGAUCAGAUCAUCCACUCCUCCAUGACCAGAGCGACUGAAACAACUGAGAUUAUAAGCAAACAUCUCCCAGGAGUCAAAACAAUUAGCACUGAUCUGCUGAGAGAGGGAGCACCUAUAGAACCAGACCCUCCAGUCUCUCAUUGGAAACCAGAAGCUGUGCAGUAUUAUGAAGAUGGAGCUCGAAUUGAGGCUGCUUUUCGAAACUUCAUUCAUAGAGCUGAUGCAAAGCAGGAGGAGGACAGCUACGAGAUCUUCGUCUGCCACGCCAACGUCAUCCGCUACAUCGUCUGCAGAGCAUUGCAGUUCCCCCCAGAAGGCUGGCUACGAAUGUCUCUCAACAAUGGCAGCAUAACCCACCUGGUGAUCCGGCCCAACGGGCGAGUGGCACUGCGAACGCUGGGGGACACAGGUUUCAUGCCUCCAGAGAAAAUCACACGCACCUGAGCCAGCCAAACCGCCUCUGGUCUCUUUGCACUAGUCCAGUCAGCUACGGUACCACUAGGUUUUUAUCUGUUAUGCUGGGGUGUGAUGCCAUCUUUGAAAUGUCCCUUAGCCUCCUGCCCCUUUCGUACAUACUCAUAUCUGCCUUUCAGUCCAGAAGAGAAGCAAUCUUUGUGAGCUUGAAGCUGUCCAGUCCACAAGUAUUCCCCAGAACGCAAAGCUGGGCUGUGGAAUACAGAGAUUGAAUGUCUGUGUGCUCAGCAGCUGCAAGAGCACUGACUUCUUUCCCCCCACCCUGUGUGAACUUCUAUAACCAAAGCUUGCUCCUGUGGGUAUUUUUUCUUGUGCAGGAAAGCAAUUGGUGUGAGCUCUGGAAGGAACAGCCUUGUAGCACACUGCAGCUACACAAGACAGCUGGUUUCAGCCCCUGCAGAGGAGGUGACAAACAGUAUUCUGCUGCUCAAGGGACAAAGCCUUCAGUUUUUGUAAGCUGUUGAGGAUGCAUUUAUGUUGUGUCACCGUUCCACUCUGCCCCCCAAGAUGCUCGUGUAAACUGUGCCUAGAGAUUGUAAGCAUAAAGCAAAGAGGGUAAAACCCUCAUUUGCCUCAGAACUGUGGUGCUAGAAUCAACUGUUGCUUCUACUAAGUGUUCUCCAUCCUCAGGAAGUGCUUUAUGCUGAACAAUGCUUUUCAGUCUCAUAAAGCCUGUAAGGAAAAUUUGAUGUGUAGCAGGAUAUGGGGAUGUUUGUAGCAGUGAGCCAGGAGGAAGACAGCCACCUUCUCAAAGUGCUUCCACUUGCUGAGUAGGCCGUGAGUGCUGGCUCCUAUUGAUCAGUAUUUGCUGACACUUUGGCUCUUUGAGAGAUAUUAACACUGCUGGAUUUGAGGCAGGGAUGCAUCAGGUCAGAGGAUCUGUAGUAUUGGAACAAACUGCUGGUGCCUGAAGGGUGAAAAAGCUAGGGGAAGGUUUUUCUAGGCCAAGUGAGUAGUAGAGGUCAAGCAGAAUGCUUUAAGUGGUUCCCUUCUACAGCCCUGGCACUGCUGGACUUGUUCAGCAGAUGGCUGAGAACUUGAUUUUGUGGGGAGGGGAGGGCUCAGAAGUAUUUAAUCUUAAGGCCAGUUGCUAGGCAGUUGAACCAGGGUAGUAAAAGAGCUCAUGUAAUAGCUGGAAUGUUGGAAAAUGUCACCAUACCCAUCCUGUGUGGGUGACAGAGCACGAGCCAUAGGGCAGCAAACAUUAACUACCUUGUUUGGCAGGUUGUCUUAUCACUGGGAAUGUUCAUAAACUCCUCAGAGCUGUAUGAAGCACAAGCAUGACACACACCUUCAUGAGCCAAGAUUAAUGGUUUGCUUGAUACAGGACUGCUACAUAAGCCUGAAGGAAAGUGGAGCUAGUAGAGAACAAAACGUGGUUGUGUAGUGCAAGGUGUGGGGGCAAGAGGAAACCAUCACAAUGUUAUCUCUCAUUGAUGCAAUGAGAAUAAUUUAUCAGUUUUUGUCUAUUAACUUUUUAAACAUUUGGAAUAAAAUAACUUGCCUGUC